GCAGACAACGCGAUAGUUUCUGUGUACCCGUGUGUGGCGAUUCGUCGUUACCUUCGUACCCUUUGUGCUUCGUGCCGCAGCGUUGGAAAAUCACCGUCCUGGGGCUAAACCCCGAGGCGUAUCUCCCAAAGUGGGUUGUAAUGAGUGAGACAUGAAUGCAAGAUCCGAAGUUUUCGAGCUGUGCCUGGAAGGGCGGCAGGUUCAGGAAGCUGUGUCGGGCAUCUUCCACACGCUCCUCUUCCACCGCACCCAGGGAAAGUUUCAGUACAAGACACGAGGCAGGUACUCAGUGGGCACGGUUGGCUUUGAAGACGUCACGUGCGACUUCAUCGACUUCACAUAUGUGCGCUGCGCAUCGGACGAGCUGAAUGAGGCGGUGUGCCGCGACGUGACUGCCUUCAGCGACCGGCUGCGCAGUCACGAUGGUCCACGCACUGGCCAGAUCUGGCUGGAGUUCUUCCAGAAGAAGCGCACCCACUGGAUCCUCUCCUCGGAGAACAUCCCCUGGGAAGUGUGGAACAUCCGCGUCAACGUCAUCACCUUGCCCAACGAGCAAGAGCGGCAGCGUCAGCGUGCCCAGCUGGGUGAGCAACUGGCCGAGAAGGUAAUUGCAGUGGCAGCCUCCAUCAACCGGCACCAGUACCUGCCCCGGGUGCCCAGCGAGCCCGACGUGGAGCUCGUGUUCGACACCCGCUUCUCAGACGUCCAGCCGUACCAUUUCAAGGUGGGCUACCACACGUCCGGACCCUCCAACAACCCAUCGAUGGGCAGCACUAUGCGGAAACUGCUCAAGGACACCUUGGCCUUCUGAGGAGUGGCCACUAGACGAUCACAUUUGGCGCAUGUACAUAUGCGGCACACUGCCUAUUUGUUUCUAAGCUCAACGGAAUAAACCUUUUGUUUUUUCGUACGUA